GGGGUUGCUUUGUCGUUGUUUUCAUUUUAUUUUUCGUUUGUAAAUAGUUUUUUAAAAUGUUUAUACUCUUGCCAUGCUUUCAUUACUGAUAACAAUUGCCAAUGCCAUCGAUGUGGCGCUGAUUCAACCAAUUACGAAUAUAAUUGAUUCGAUUGCGGCAGCUGUAUAUUAUUUUUUCGCUGGAAGCUGCUUUAUUGGCUAUUGUCUGAUUCAAGGUGCCGGCUUUAUCUGGAGAUGCCUCUGCCAGUUCUACGAAGUAGCCACAAUUGUUUUCAAGGAGUGCAGUCUGUUCUACGGCGAGUUGCGUCUCGUGGUCUGCGAUGUCUUUGACUAUAUUUACUAUGGCACAGGAGAUGGUCUGCAGCUGGCCCGCAAUAUUUCAAAAGGAAUUGUUAUUUUCUUGAGCAAUGUGCUCAUUGAACUUGGCAAUUUUACGCUGUGGAUGCUGCUGCUGUUACCGCGGGCUAUCAUUGCUAUUUUGGACUACCUGCUACUUGGACUUCAACAGUUAGGCAGUUAUGUUGUGGAAAUCGGCACCCAUCUGUUGCACAAUCUCUUCCGACUUUCCAUCGGCAUCGUCGUCCUGCUUGUGCUCUACAUGUAUCGUGGAUAUGUAUAUAUCUGUGUAAGACUGCUGAUCAGGAAACUACGUCAUGUGAUGUUAAACAAAAUGUACACGGCUCUGCAGGAAACAUGGACUUACACUGACCAAAAACUGUCCUGGCUACUGCAAAAAUUCGAGGUUGGCGCGCCACAGCAGUCAGAUUCAUCUUCGGUCCGCACGGAUCAAUGUGUUGUCUGCUUGGAGCGUAGAAGAAACAUUGUCCUACUUCCUUGCCGGCAUUUGUGCAUGUGCAAGGAAUGUUCACAGCAGCUGCCUCGCUUCGAAGGCGGAGAUCGCUGUCCCAUUUGUCGGGAUUUGGUUGAGACAGUCAUGGCUGUUUACUCAUAAGUUCUUAGUUUAUAUUUUUAAACUUGUAUAUACCCCAUUUAUGACUGCCAAUUGGAGCUUUAAUUAGUUUUUAAAAAAUAGUUUAAGAUAAAACAAUGACUGUCAACCCAUUGAAACACAUAUUUGUUUAACACUCAAGAAAAAAUAAACUGUUUUUAUUUGAAAUCAGUG